GUGCUUCUUUCCGCUGCAAGAAAAGGAGAUUGCAGAGAUUGCUGGGGUUUGGAGUUGGCGGCUGUUCGCUGUGCUCAGAAUGCAGCGAUUACUGUUUCCGCCCUUGAAGGCCUUGAUGGGGAGCCCAUGCCUCCGACUCCUGGUUCCGAGGGCAGCGCCUAGAACGCAGUGUGGUUGCAGCUGUGGGAUCAGGCGCCCCUUGAGGCCAGGGCAGUACAGCACCAUCUCUGAAGUAGCUUUACAGUCUGGAAAGGGUACAGUGUCCCUUCCCUCAAAGGCUGCUGAGCGGGUGGUGGGCCGAUGGCUCCUGGUCUGCAGUGGAACAGUGGCUGGAGCAGUUAUUCUCGGUGGAGUAACUAGGUUGACAGAGUCUGGCCUCUCGAUGGUAGACUGGCAUUUAAUAAAGGAGAUGAAGCCACCGACCAGCCAAGAGGAGUGGGAAGCAGAAUUCCAAAAAUACCAGCAAUUUCCAGAAUUUAAAAUAUUGAAUCAUGAUAUGACAUUGGCAGAAUUCAAGUUCAUCUGGUACAUGGAGUACUCACACCGAAUGUGGGGUCGCCUGGUAGGCCUCGCAUACAUCCUGCCUGCUGCCUACUUUUGGAGAAAGGGCUGGCUCAGCCGCGGCAUGAAAGGACGUGUUCUUGCCCUCUGUGGGUUAGUGUGCUUCCAGGGUCUGUUGGGAUGGUACAUGGUGAAAAGUGGAUUGGAAGAAAAACCAGAUUCUCAUGACAUCCCUCGGGUCAGUCAGUACCGCCUGGCCGCCCACCUGGGGUCCGCCCUCGUUCUUUAUUGCGCCAGCCUGUGGACCUCGCUCUCCCUGCUGCUUCCUCGGCACAAGUUGCCUGAAACCCGUCAGCUCCUGUGGUUGAGACGAUUUGCUCAUGGAACAACAGGCCUAGUGUUCCUUACAGCUCUCUCAGGGGCUUUUGUAGCAGGACUGGAUGCCGGGCUUGUUUACAACUCCUUCCCCAAGAUGGGAGAAUCCUGGAUCCCAGAAGACCUCUUCACCUUCUCCCCCGUCCUGAGGAACGUUUUUGAGAAUCCCACUAUGGUGCAGUUUGAUCACCGGGUUCUGGGAAUCACUUCAGUUACUGCCGUCACAGCGCUCUACUUCCUGUCCCGGAGAAUUCCCCUGCCUCGAAGGACCAAGAUGGCAGCAGCGACUCUGCUGGCUUUGGCGUAUACACAGGUGGGCUUGGGCAUCAGCACGCUGCUGAUGUACGUGCCGACUCCUCUGGCCGCCACUCACCAGUCAGGCUCCUUGGCUCUGCUCAGUGUUGCCCUUUGGCUCAUGAACGAACUCCGAAGAGUCCCAAAAUAAUUCUAAGAGGAGCAGCUGCACAGGACUGAAACUGUGCUCUUGAAAGCUCAUGAGAGAGCACGGGAACCUGGGUUUUGCUAAGAGGGAUGACCUUGGCUUAUCAAGUGGUUUCCAAAUUUGUUAAGUAUUAAAAAUGUUUUUGUUGGCCCUGAAUCAAGGCCAGCAGUUUGCUGAAGCUGCUGGUUUCAAGCAGGAGCUUAAAGCAUUGUCCUUCUGUGGUCUGUUGGCCAUUUCAGAACUUAGGAAAUGUAAUGGUCAAUUCAUUAGAAAGAAACAUCUGGAAAAAGGAAAAAAAAAGUUUUUGCCCGUUUUUGAAAUAGUCACUGGAUGGAGAAUGUCAUUAGGUAUGGUUACACUAAAGGUUCCUUUUUAAA